ACCUCCACGGGUCAGAAAUUCAUAAUAGAAAGAGUCACAAUUAAGUGACCCUGUCUUCUGUUUGAGGCGUCCUGUCAACAGGUUUACAGGCGUCUCUUUGAUAGCGGUGGCGUAUGGAGAAAAUGCCAGGGGUACUGGUUCGUGGUAGUACCCGUAUGGCGAGCGGCGCCGUAUGAUUAAAGUAACGUUAACGUAGCCAUUAGUACAUUUCCGCCACGUGUGUAAGAACCGUAUGGACGACGCAGCCGUAUCUAGCUCUUAGUUUGCUUUUGGACCAUUUGGACACAAGCAGAGCGGCGGUGGGAACAAUAUGAAAACACAUUAAGACCAGCGUAUUUCCAAGUUUCACAUCAACAUCCUACAUCAGGAUGAAGGAACGAACAAAAGCUCCUCAGGACCGAGGCUGCUUGGUGGGGAUUAUCUUCUUCAUUCUGGGCCUGGGAACGUUGCUGCCGUGGAACUUCUUCAUGACUGCCUCCUUGUACUUCCAAGGUCGCCUAAACACAACAAAAUGGAGCAACAGCACGAUGGUAGUCCGUAAGGAGUACUACUUCAACAACUGGAUGACCCUGCUGUCCCAGCUGCCCCUGCUGCUGUUCACCCUGCUCAACUCCAUCCUCUACCAGAGGAUAUCCGAGAUGAUACGCAUCGCGGGUAGCCUGGUUUUUAUCCUGCUGUUCUUCAUCCUCACAGCAGUGCUGGUCAAAGUGCCCAUGGAGGAAGACCGCUUCUUCUCUGUCACCAUGGCUACUAUCUGGUUCAUCAACUCGUUCGGUGCCGUGCUGCAGGGCAGUCUUUUUGGCCUGGUGGGGCUGCUGCCUCAGAAGUACAGCGCCAUCUUCAUGAGCGGCCAAGGCCUCGCCGGGACCUUCGCCGCCGUCGCCAUGCUGCUUGCCAUAGCCAGCGAUGCAGACUCUGAAUCAGCGGCGUUGGGUUACUUCAUCACACCAUGUGUGGGGACACUGGUUACGCUCUUCAGCUACCUGCUCCUGCACCGCCUGGAGUUCGCCCAGUUUCAUCUGAACAAAAGCAGCAAGUAUGAGGAGGGCACCACAGACGAGCUGUUGAAAGAGAGCAGCGUCGGGGAGAAUGGCAAGCUAAAUGGCCACGCUAACGGGUCAGUGCCCAGCAGCGCAACAAAGGAUGGCAGUCCAGAUGUGGCCGAAGUGGACCCUAGCCCAGACAGGACCAUGCAAGCCUUCCUGACAGUGGAGCAGGAAGAAAAGGCCUCAGUCGUCGAGGUCUUCAAGAAGAUCUGGGUGAUGGCGUUCUGCGUGACGUUUGUGUUCACCGUUACUCUGUCCGUCUUCCCCGCUGUCACUGCAGAUGUCAGAACAUCAUUCCCAGGAAAAUGGGAGCGCUUCUUUAUCUCCGUGUGCUGCUUCUUGACUUUCAACAUCAACGACUGGCUGGGUCGGACCGUCACCACUUUGAUACGCUGGCCCCGCAAAGAGUCUCGUCUGUUCCCAGCGUUAGUCGUCUCCAGGGUGGUGUUCAUCCCUCUGCUGAUGCUCUGUAACGUCCGCAGCCGCUAUUACCUGCCUGUCUUCUUCACCCACGAUGGUGCUUUCACGGCCAUCAUGGCUCUCUUCUCUCUGUCCAGUGGAUACUUCGUCUGUCUUUCCAUGUCCUACGCACCACAGUUGGUGGAGCCUAAGGAUGCGGAGACCGCAGGAGCCCUGAUGACGUUCUUCUUGGCCCUGGGUCUGUCCAUAGGCGCCGCCCUGUCCUUCCCUCUCCGAGCUCUGGUCUAGUCACACACAGCACUCUAUAGACCCUGUCAAAUAUUUUCUCGCACCCUUGGAGGGGGAAAUAUGAUAAGUGGUUUAUCACUGUCCCUCCUGGACGACCUUCUCGUUUUUCCCCCAUUCAUCUGUCAGAUGCCGGGUUUAACAGCACGACAGCGCCCGGGUGAAGCUUUGAAAACACAGCCCAGGAAGUGCUACUGCUCUUAAAUGACUGAUUCCCUUAACAAGGAGGAAUAAGGGAAACGCCACGUGUUACCUGCUACUAGCCCGAAGAAGCCAGUUAAAAAAGAUUUCCUCUCUGUGCCACAGUUACAGGAUUGAUUGAGUUUUACUUUUUAUUUUGAAAGUGUGUGUUUUUAGGUUUAUUUAAUUCAGGUUUGUUAAAAUUUAGGGCAUUAUCCUCAGAUGACCAUAUGUAGAUAAAAGAAAACCUUAGACAGACUUGAUUGAUUUUCAUAAGCUGUACUUACAGCAACCUGAUAGAAGUAUUUCAAUUUUAUUGAUGCUUGAAAGAUGAAUUAGCUUUUUGUCAGUUAAGUAUUCUUGAUGUAUUUUUCUUCCUAGUUAUUUUGUAUUUUCUAAUGAAAUAGCUCUGUUACAGAAGUUGAACAAACAAAACAGUUUUUAAUAAUCCUUUGCUGUAAAUUACCAAUGAAAGGUUACCAGGCCUUGGGUAAGGGAGGGGUGCAUGUGUGCGCCUCUCCAGCAUCAAGGCUACUACUGCCAUCUACUGGUCAAAACACUCAAGGUCUUCAGGCCUUCAUUUCCCUUUCUAAAAAGCCUCAGUUCUCUCAAACAUGAAAAACUGUUGUCACUGCUGUGACUCUGAAGUCACGCGAUACUGCUGAAUAACAGGAAACUGAGAUUACAGCACCUGGUGAUACUUGGUUGUAUUUCUUUGUUGAUGUCUGUGUUGAUGAUAACGGGUUAUGUGAGCAUGACAACAUUCUUCCCUUGACAUAUGCCUGCAACUGAAGCCAUGAAGCUGAAUGCUUGUUUCAACACAGGAAGCUGGUUAAAAUCUUUAACUUCUCCUGAAAAUAACUGGCAGCUGCUGUUUUGUUAUUAAACAUGCAAAUGUAGGGUUAGUAAAAGAAAUGAGAAAAUAAAAAAUUUAGAGUAAUUGUAAAGAAACAUAAAUCAAAGGAGCUGUAAAUGCUGAUUCAUUGUUUUUAAUUAUAUUAUAAAAUAAUUAUAUUUGUAAUUCUUUUUUAGGGGCUGCACGAUAUGGUAAAAACAUUAUUUUGACAUGAUUUAUGGUUAAUGGGAAUGAUGUACUUUUUAAUAUAUGAAAAUAACUAUUUAAAUCAUAAUGACUGUCCCAAAACAAACAUUUUACCUUUCAGCAAAAAAUUGCAGCGUCUGUGAUUUGACUAGUGCACUUGGCCAUGUUGCAAUUAAUUAGGCAGCCCUGCUCUUUAGUACUGUAUAGAUAUUGUUUUGGCCUCAUAACUGUCAAAUAGUGAACAGAAAACAUGUAUAGAAAUGAACUCAUAUUGUUGGUGUAGAUUUAUUUAUGUUGUAGUUCCAUGAUCAGCUUCACAAUCUGUGUAGGUUGAAACAUUGUUUUAUUUUUUACUGAGAUAAGCCUUCAUUUGACUUGAUUAUUCAAAGUGAACUGCUGUUUACUGAAUAUGUUAAUGAGCGGUUGUGUGAAUGCUGUAUGUGGCGUCAUGCAUGGGGAGAAAGUGUGUGUCGAGUCCCAACAGGAGCAACGUUGACGGGACUUUGGUUUUACAAGUGGGACUUGAUUUGUGCUGCAUUCACAUCUGGUGGGAAUUUUCACCAUGAUGUGCAUUUAAGUUUGUGGUUUACAGCAGAUCUAUGGCAAUGGAAACCAAAACUAGACCACCACAACAAGUAGUUGUCAUGGCAACUAUAGGUAUUUAAAAAUGGUUGGUCUUUGUGAAUCCUGAUGUUAAAAUGGUAGCUGAUGGUAAAUAAAAUGUAAAGACAUUUUCAGGAGCAAAAUGGACCACAUUUCUUAUGGAACACCAGUGUAGCGUCAGUGAUGGAGGUGAAGAACUCGGGCCAGGUUGCAGCGAUUUAACAUCAACAUUAGGAUCCUCCUGUGUAAUUCCAUGUCAUACUACCUUUUGUUUAUUUCAAAUGUUCUAUUUCUGAUCAUGUGUAGAGAAUGUAGAUUAACUAAAGCUGUUAGAUAUGGUUCUCAGGCCAUGCUCAGUUCCUAGUUACAGGCAUGAUAAAAAAAAAAAAAAAACUAUGCUGGCUCUCACACACACGGGAUCUUGACUGAACUUCCAGGCCACGCCUCUUGUAAAAGGGAAUUCAUGCAUGUUCAUAAUAUUUCUAACUCUUCGAUUGUCAAUAAAUGGACCGCUUUAAGCAGCA